AUGGUGUCUCAGCCUUCCAUCCCUCCAGCGCAGGAUCGAUGCUAUGAGGCUACAAUAGAGGCGGCUUUGAAGAGAGCCUUCGCAAGCGGAUCUUUGAAUCUUGCGAGUGCGGGGCUAACCACAGUUCCACAACAGCUGGAGAAGUUGGACACCUUCACGCUAGACGGUGUGAGUUGGUGGCAAUGCAACAGUAUAGAGAAGGUCGACAUUUCCGGUAACGAAAUUCGUGAGAUACCCACAGGCCUCUUCGAGCACAUACCCGACUGUCGAAGCUUUAACGCCAGCGACAAUCGCAUCGAGUCGCUGCCGAUCGCCUUGUUGGGCUUGGCGAAAUUAAAAUCUCUACUUCUGAUUCGGAACAAGCUCACAAUUUUCCCGACUUCCGAAUCUCCGAGCUCUCUUGUUGAAGUGCGGCUUUCACACAACAGCUUGUGUGAACUACCGAGAGGCUUUGCAGAUGUCCUCCCUAAUGUGCAAGCUCUAUCCAUCGACCACAACCAUCUGGUGAACCUCGAUGAGCCUCUACCGACUCAGCUCAGAGUCUUGCUUGCGAGCAGCAAUGAACUUGUGUCAAUCCGAGGUGUCGGGGACGGCCUCGAUUUCCUCGAGGAGCUUGACCUCUCGAAGAACAGCCUCACCGCGAUUCCCGAUCUACGUUGCUGUAGCCAACUUGGCAAUAUCGACCUUAGUCAUAACAAGCUGGUGCAUUGGCCAAGGCUUGGGGAGAAGGUGCAUACGCUAGCCUUUUCUUACAACUCCCUCGAGUCGCCCCCUGAAGCUGCUCUUCUACCUCCUGCUCUCGUCACAUUGUUACUAGAUAACAAUAAAGUGAAGGGCGUGCCUGGGGGUGUGUUCGCUCUUGAUAAGCUCAAGACGCUAGACAUGAGCAACAACGAUAUCUCGAGAGUACCAAGCGAACUUGGCCGCCUCCCCUCGCUGACCAAAGUGGCGUUGGAUGGAAAUCCGAUUCGCAAUGUGCCGAUGGCUGUACUGCGCCAAGGCAGCGCAGGCCUGUUGAAGUUGCUGCGAGAACGUCUUGGACCGGACGAGGUCUCUGUUGACGAUGUACAAGAAGCGUUGAUGACGGAAGUCCGUAAUGCUACGCAUGGCGGGAAACGACUCGACCUCUCUAAUCGACGGCUAGGUCCCGGCAUCCCGGAGGAAGUCCUACAGGCUGAAGGCCUUCUAGUGUUGGACUUGAGCCGCAAUAUGGUAGCGGAGAUAGAAGUAUUGAAGAGUUUAGACACUCUUCUGCGUCUUGUUAUGAGCCACAACGUCCUGAAGACUAUCGAUGCGCUGAAUUACCCGGCCCUGCAAGAGCUGGAUAUCAGCAAUAAUAAGCUGACUAAGCUACCUGGGGAAAUCUCCCUACCACAACUUGUCCAAUUUGAUGCAAGUUGUAACCGGGAGCUCAUCAGCCUGCCGAAGAGUCUGCUGAUGGGCUGCGCAAAACUGCGGGAGCUGAGAGCGGGUAACUGCUGUCUUCACAGUUGGGACUUCCUGCCGAACCCUGAGCACCCGCAUCUUGAGGUCUUAGACUUGUCAAAUAACCGAUUCACAGAUAUCCCAACGGACCUAGUCCCGACCCGCUUGCCUGGUCUGCAAACUCUCCUGCUCGCCAACAACGCCAUAGCGACAUUACCUCCUUCUCUUGGUCGAGCUACAGCCUUGAGGAGCCUUACUUUGGAGGGCAACCCUAUAAGUUGCUACAUCAGGCUACUAUUCGCCAAGGCGCGUCUGCUAUACUGA